CGGCGAGAGGCUUGGCGCCUCCGGAAGAGAAGGCGGGAAGACUUGCCGCCCUCCCGAACUCAGGUGCGCCUCGGGGCCUUGCAGCGGGAUCCAGCAGCAGUCGGUGUUUGAGGAGAGGCUGGCUUUGCAGGGAAGACAGAGCAGGCGACGCGGCAGGCUUUCCUAAAGACACGUAGCCAAAGUGGAGGGUGGGAGUGGAGGGACGGAAAUACCGGCAGUAUUUUCAGAUGUCCUGUUCUGGUUUUGUAGCUUCUUCUGUGUAAUCGACUUCCCUUUUUGGAAAAUUGGGCCCAGGUUGCUCUUGGAUGCCGGUGUCGCUGACGAGUCUUCAGCCUACUAUACAGAAGUAACAUGUUCCCAGCGUUGGACACAGAGCUCAAGCAGGAGACCCUUCCUGAUCCCUAUGAAGAUUUUAUGUACCAUCACCUCCAGUACUAUGGCUACUUUAAAGCUCAGAGAGGUAAUUUACCAAACUCUGCAACACACCAGCAUGUCUGGAAGAAUAACUCUCGAUUCCUGUUGAACGGCUCUUUUGGGGAAAGAGAUGAUUUGUUACCAGACCCCCUGCAAAAGGAGAAGCUUCUAUGGCCUAUUGGCUUAUCCUCAACUGUGCACAGACAGCUAGAAGCUGUGAACAGAGAUUCGCUUAUGCGGAGUUCACCACUUCUUAGGAGCAGACAGCUUCUUUAUGAUGAUUUGGGUGACAUAAACCCACGUCUUCGAGAACCUCGAGAUCUCUUCGCACUCUUGUCUAGCAGUGGGCCACUGCUGGCUCCAAAAUGGCCAAUAGAAUGUGAGGUCAUCAAAGAAAACGUUCGUCAUAUUGAGUGGGUUCCACCUCAACCGGAAUAUUUCUAUCAACCUACAGGGAAUGAAAAGGUACCAGAAAUUGUAGGAGAGGAAAAAGGCACAGUUGUCUAUCAGUUAGAUUCAGUACCCACUGAAGGUUCCUAUUUCACCAGUUCCAGAGUGGGAGGCAAACGAGGAAUUAUCAAGGAACUCGCUGUCACCUUGCAAGGACCAGACGAUAACACUCUGCUGUUUGAAUCAAGAUUUGAGAGUGGGAAUCUGCAAAAAGCUGUCAGAAUAGACACCUAUGAGUAUGAGCUUACCUUGCGAACUGACCUCUACACCAACAAACACACUCAGUGGUUUUAUUUUCGAGUUCAAAACACCAGAAAGGAUGUCACCUAUCGAUUCACCAUCGUCAACUUGCUAAAGCCCAAGAGCCUUUAUACUACAGGGAUGAAGCCACUCAUGUACUCCCAAUUGGAUGCCAACACCCACAACAUUGGCUGGAGGAGAGAGGGAAAUGAAAUCAAGUACUAUAAGAACAACACAGAUGACAAGCAGCAGCCCUUCUAUUGUCUCACAUGGACCAUUCAGUUUCCACAUGACCAGGACACAUGCUUCUUUGCACACUUCUACCCAUAUACAUACACUGAUUUGCAAUGCUACCUCCUGUCAGUGGCAAACAAUCCUGUCCAAUCCCAGUUCUGCAAGCUCCGUACUUUAUGCAGGAGCCUAGCAGGAAAUACUGUCUACCUACUUACCAUCACCAACCCAUCCCAAAGCCCUCAAGAGGCAGCUGCAAAGAAAGCUGUGGUCUUCAGCGCAAGAGUCCACCCUGGGGAAAGUAACGGCUCCUGGAUUAUGAAAGGCUUUUUGGACUUCAUCCUUAGCAACUCCCCAGAUGCCCAGCUCCUCAGAGACCUCUUUGUCUUCAAGGUGGUACCCAUGUUAAACCCAGAUGGAGUAAUUGUGGGGAAUUAUCGAUGUUCAUUGGCUGGAAGGGACUUGAACAGGCAUUAUAAGACCAUUCUAAAGGAUUCUUUCCCUUGCAUCUGGUACACCAAGAACAUGAUAAAGAGACUUCUUGAAGAAAGGGAAGUUCUCUUGUAUUGUGAUUUCCACGGCCACAGCCGUAAGAAUAACAUCUUCUUGUAUGGCUGUACUAACAACGAUCGCAAGUACUGGCUUCACGAGCGAGUCUUUCCUUUAAUGUUAAGCAAAAAUGCACCAGAUAAGUUCUCUUUUCAUAGUUGUAAUUUUAAGGUCCAAAAGUGCAAAGAAGGAACAGGACGGGUAGUUAUGUGGCGGAUGGGAAUCCUAAACAGCUACACCAUGGAGUCUACCUUUGGCGGGUCCACCCUAGGCAGUAAAAGAGACACCCACUUUACUAUUGAGGAUCUGAAAUCCCUAGGCUAUCAUGUCUGUGACACCCUUCUGGAUUUCUGCGACCCUGACCAAACCAAGUUCACACAGUGUCUAGCAGAGCUCAAAGAGCUCUUACAACAGGAAAUUCAUAAGAAAUUCAGUGAACUUGGACAAGAUAUGGAUUUAGAAGGAAGUUGGAGUGACAUCUCUUUGUCUGACAUUGAAUCCAGCACCAGUGGGUCUGACAGCUCCCUCUCAGACGGUCUUCCCAUUCACCUACUGAACAUAGCAGAUGAGUUGAAACAGAAGAAGAUGUAUAAGAAGAAGAAAAAGAAGCAACUCCAGACUAGAAAACAGCGAAAUGAGCAAUAUCAGAGAAAUAAUUUGAUGCGAGAGUUAAAGUUAACCGAAGAUGCCUCAGAAAGGACAGGAUUUGCUUCUGCUCUGCAAAAGCAGCCUACCUUUUUCAAAAAUUCAGAGAAUCCUAGUUCUACAACAAUGAAAAAUGACAAACCAAGAUUUAAUGAGAGCAAGAAGCUGACCUUUACAGUAUCCUGCUCUCCAAAGAGAAACACAAACACCAGCCAAGAGCCAGCUCCAGGUAUGAAGCCAGACUGGUCCAGGAGCAGAUACCCUGUGGCAAAGAGAAGCCGUGCCACCAUGCCAACAUACCCGUCCUUGCACGUAUACACCUACCCGUAGGUGGGCCUGGGCUGCGCCAUGCACACAGGCACUUCCUGGGGGGUGUUUUGGGUUAGACACAUUUUGUAACGGGAGCUGUAGGACUGGGAACUGCAUCCGUUUGGGGUGUACCGUGUCACGCGUUCAUCAUGCAGUCCCCUUACCCUUUGUGCUUAUGCUGUGCUCACGCCCUCAAGAUGCAUACCUCAUGAAUUAAAUUAGUUUCUCAUAAGGUGAAAUUUUAUUAUGAUGUACAGAAAAGCUUCCUUUAUCAGAAACUCAAGCGUGUACUUAUUGAACUACAGCACAGAUAUACCUCAUUUUAACCAAUCGAUAUUCUCCCUAAAAUUAUGUACAAAUGAAUUUCAAAAGAUCAAACUAUUUUAAACAUAUUCUGGGAGUGUACUGUAUAAAAAAGUCUUGUGUCAAAGCCUUCUAGCGAUAAAUGACCAGCCAGACAGUCGUAUAUAAGGUUCACUCAAAGUGUGGUAUUCCCACAUAGAGAAAACUCUCAUAGUACCCAGAAUUUAAUGUUGUAUAUAUUAUGUUCAACAUGGUUAUGUGAAUUUUUUAACCCAUGGAUUAAAAUUUUUUCUGUCUAACCAGUUGUUUCCUUAGAUUGGUUAACUGCAUAGUCUUAUGCGAACAGAUUUUUUAUAUCAGCCUUUCCUUUUCAGUAAUCUCUCAUGAGCACCUGGCACAGUCUGCUGGCUGCCGCAUGUCAUGUCAGCAUGCCAGAGUCGUGUUAAAGGUCACCCCAGCCUAUGCCAGGCCUCUGUUUUGACUUUACGUUUUUCCUGUCACGUUGGAUUGAAAGUUUGCUAGCAUGCUUUCAUUAGCACUUUUAAAUUCUUUCAGCCACCACCACUUACCUGAGUGACUAGUGUUAGAACCACAUUAAAAAAAAAAAAAAAAA